GUCAAAAUACUGUCGUUUUAUUUAUUUUAUUUUUGUCACGAGAAACUAAUCCUGUUGGUAACAGAAUUAUCGACUAAACAGCCAUUGUAACUGUUGAAAGUGUGAAAAGAUGGGUGACGAUGAAAAUGCGUGUGUUCGAAAUAUUGUUAAAGAAAUUAUUAGGGAAAUGAACCCAAAGAAGAUAACUGUUAACAAAAAUUUUGUAACAUACCUGACGAAGUUGUUGCUUAUCAACCCAAACUGGGGCAUUGGCGAUGACUUUUUCAGCCAAAGACAAAACGUUCAACAUUUCGUUAAGUACGUAAUCGACGAUCUACUGAAAGUGCAAGAUGACCCGAAAAUUGUCACACUGAAAAUUCAGUUUUACUUUUCUUGCAAUCUCGAGCGAAUGGAUUAUGCGAUUGAAGUUAACCGACGGGAUCUUCGCAAUAAACUGCUUGUGCUGAAAGAGGACAUAUUCACGUUCAGUAAAGUUGAAGACCGCAAUGAUGUCGAUGCGCUAUACAAGAAGAUUGUUUAUUAUAUCACAUUAGCCUCUGGAUUGGGAAAUCCUGCUAAACCAAAGGUUUUUGAAGAAACCUUGGUAGCAUUAAAAAGCAUACUUUACGAAUCAGAGCUGAAUGAGUUUGUUACACUAUCGAAACAAGAAAAACAAAUUCAGUUGUGCCAAAUGACUAAAGUCGUCGCUGGAAUUCGACUAUUUGAUAAAGAUUGCGACAAAGGAGGAGAAGGAAUUGCUAAUUUGCCAGAAUUGUUGGAUAAAGCAAUCCACGUUAUAAGAGGAGGAACUGAAGAAACCCUCUUGAUGAUAAUGGAAAGGGUUAACACAUUGACGACGGCGGUAGAAAAGUGCUAUCACUUGAAACAAACAUAUCAUGGAUACCAGAUGAUAUGCAUAAUACCUGACGAAUUAUCCGUGAAAAUUGCCGAUGAUAUUGAAUAUAUCAAACAUUUGUUGAUUUUUUUCAGGCAAUAUGAAUUGCUCAUUAGGAAAAUCCUAGAUGAGCUUGAACAAAUUAAUGAGAAAACUGAACUGAUAUUUACAAAUAUGGAAAAAAUGUUAAAGUUAAUCCAUGAAACCGUUUACAUGAAAAUCGCUAUACCAGUAGGAGUAGUAUUCCCUCUCUUCGAACAGUUGUGGGAAAUUUGGGAAGAAUUUCAAAAUCAAGGGCUGCUUUUAUCCAGACUUAGCAUGAUCAUGAGCAACAUGGAAACUUAUGCUAAGCACACGCGAUAUGACCACCUCGUUAUUGAACAUCUGCUUGGUACAAGUUCAUCUCUGACCGACGCGGAACGACUGGAAAAAACUGCUCAAUAUAAACUGGUAUCAGAUAAUCCAGAAAUCCGAGUUGUUAGAAGCGAGGCAAUUAAGAACUUCUACAAUCUAAAGCUGGAAUAUCUUGGAUUUUGCUGUUGGAAAUUAAUUGAAACUGAUGGGGCACUGAUACCUGGAAAUCCUUCGAUGGGCAUUGUCAUAUACAAACUGAAAAAUUACGUAUUCUCUUGUAUUGAGGCUUUUGAAGAAUUCUGUAAAGAUCCUGAAAUGUAUAUCAACUGCGCCUUAGACCUCAGCCGGCGAAAACCACAACUAAUUAAUUUUUUUCAACUAAAAGAAGAGCUGGAAAGCGUGUAUAAUGUUGAAAAAUUAGUUCAGAGCAAGGUGGAACUUAAAAUGUGUGAGGAUAAAUCCUUGCAAACGGUGCAUCAAGCUACAGAAUCAUUUGUUGAUUCCACUUACAAGUGGAAUAUUUGGGACCUUAAGCGAGAAGCACUAACUCAAGCAAAUCUAUUAUCAGCAGUAACAGUUUCCACUCAAACAAUUAAAACUAGUAGUAAGAAUUCCGUACGAGCUCAAACAUAUAACAAGAAAAUUGUUGAUACGCAGACUUCGAAAGACAGAUAUACAACUAUGCCGAAGAAUUCAGUGUUCAUUUAUGGGUUAAGAGGUAAAAAAGAUGACAAGCAGUUUAAAAUCGAUUUAACCAGGCCCAUUGAUGAGAGCUAAUAUUUACAUUUUAUAACGAAUAAUCAGAAUUAUCUGCUAUUCUGUAAUAGUAAUUAAUUAAAUGAAAUGUAAUUGAACACGAA